GGUAUGUCAGCAUUGUCAGGGUAUAAGUAUCAUGGCCAAACAAAAUUAGCUGAAUUUCAGUGAUGCGCCACCAACGACUGGAACUUUCCUGGUGUGAUGCAUUGAUGGCCUGCGCAAUAGUACUGGGUUGCAAACCAAAUUCGACUGAUUAUAUAUUCAGCACGGAAGUACCGUUAUACAUCAUCACCAUCUCCCACUCGCUCACCCCCAUCUCUCAAAUAUGACCGUAAUCUCCAAUGAUCCCAGUUGGUGGCCAACAAUCAAUUCAAAUAUGAUUUUCAGCUAUUGGACAGUUGCUGCCGGCGUCAUGGUAGUAUAUGAUUGGGCACUAACACUGGGACAAGAGAUUGAACUGAUAUGGAGGCAACGUUGGUCUCUCAUGACUGUGCUGUAUUUGGUUGUACGUUAUAUUGGAAUACCAUAUUCUGUGUAUGUGUCGAGACCAACAACUUAUCACCGUGCUAAUCGCUCAUUUCUGACAAUUAGUAUCAUUGUUCUGGGUUAUUUGCCAUUGGUUUCACUGACGGAUACAUGGCGAAAUGGGACAAAUGGGGUCAUAUAUAUCAUGUUGGGCGUCAUCAUGAUUGCUCGCUUAUAUGCCAUGUAUCUGGGAUCCAGAAUGAUGCUCAUUUUUCUUGUUGUUAUCUUUUUGGCUGCUACCAUUGCUUGCGCAGUAAUCGGAACAAUAGCGACCAGGGACAGUGUAGCGGAGGAGCUAAUACUCUCUGGCACGUACAUGUGCGAUAACGAACCUGAAAGGGGCGACCAACUUGCAUAUUUGAUGUUUUGGAUGGUCUACGCUGUCUGGGAGAUCCUCGCACUGUGUCUUUCAGUCUGGAUUGCCGUAAAACACUUCCGUGACCUGGGACGACUCCGCCGAUCGAUAGGACCGACAACCGGGGACUGUUUCAGAGUGUUGAUAAGAUCUCACGUGCUUUAUUUUGCAAGCUUUGUUUGGGUCUCUUGCCUCGAGAUUGCUAUUAGUUCUGCACAGCUCAUGAAUACACAAUCUAUGGGAAUUCAGAUACUUGUUAAUGCUGCUCAAAUUUCACAGUCCAUGCAGAUGUUUGUGCUGGGACCACGCCUCAUCCUUAGCGUUCGAGAAUACCACGCUACACUCGUGGCCAACUCUGAUGCAGAAAUUAGCUUGAAUUCGAUUGUCUUCCAGGAGCGUGUACUUGUACCAACUAGCAGUACUGUGUAGCGAAAUGCUUGGCGAGUGGUCUGCAGGGAGGAGAACCUGGGUCGAGGAUCCGUCGAGAUAUUUAUUUAACAUGUAGUGUUUCAUAAUUGAAAGGUCUAGGCAGACCUAUUUCUUGUUGUACUACUACUGGAGCGAAGUAGCUAAACUUGCACCAUGUGGCCAGUCGAAAUUAUUCAGAAUGUCUAACAGCCAGCCCAGUCCUUGACGCUCGAUAAUAAAAUACAACGA